AUGAGUUCCCAGAAAGGCAACAUGACUCGAUCCCAUCCUCAGAAGCACCAGAACAUGUUCACCUUCAAAAAUGACAUAUUUGAUAAGAAUGUUCAGACCAAGAAAAUUAAUACAAAACUUCAUGAUGGAGUAUGUCAACACUGUAAAGAAGUUCUUGAAUGGCGUGUAAAAUAUAGCAAAUACAAACCACUGUCAAAGCCUAAGAAAUGUAUUAAAUGUUUACAAAAGACAGUAAAGGACUCUUACCACAUAAUAUGUAGACCAUGCACUUGUGAACUUGAAAUUUGUGCAAAAUGUGGAAAGAAAGAAGAGAUUGUUAUUCCAUUUAACAAGGAACCAGAAACUUCAGAAAAUACUGAAAAUGAAGGUUCUAACCAUAGAAGAAGCUGCAAACAGAAGGAAGACAGUGAUGAGGACUUAAAUGCUGAGUCUGACUCGGAUGGUGAGGAUGGGGACACUCAGGCCUGACAGCACCCAGUCAGUUGCAGAGGGAGUCAGAAAAGGCUGUUCCAAUAGGCAGAAC